AUGAAACAAAAUCAAAACCCAAACGAAUAUGCUAUCUCAUUGUUUUUGAAAGGUGAUUAUUUGACAAACUAUCAGAAUUUUCAAUUAAACAUAACAUACUCUAAUCUUUAUGUAUUACACAAUAUUUCUAAUAUAUUCUCUUUAAACGGUUCUUUGACAGAGAUAGUUAGCACAUCCAUAUCUCCACCGUCAAAUGGAACCGUAAAACAAGAUAAUCAAUUUAAAAUAAUCAAUAUUAAAAGUUUAAUAUUAGCUAAAGCCCCUUCAUCUAUGUUAUUCUGGGUGAACCCCUACACUCAAAUGAACAUGUUAGCAAAUAAUGGAACUCAUGCUUUGUAUAGUUGGCAAGGUGAAUAUAAGAAUUUUACAAAUACUCCAAAUACUAUUUGUUCUGAUAGUUGUACUAUCUAUCAAACCUAUAACUCUACAUUAGUUCCAUUUCCUUUAUCUAUGCAAUUUACUGCAUUGCUUCAUGACGCAGAUAAUGUCUCAUUUAUGACAAUACAAUCAAACUCAAACGCAAUUAUCCCUCUUCCAAUCACAACACAAUUUAAUUAUGGAUAUAGUUGUAUGAUGAAUACUUUCUAUCCUUCAAGGAACAACUUCACAUCAGUAGGCUAUACUUAUUCAUUCGCCGUUCCUGUUCCCAAGACUGUCAGAGCUAAAAUUUUGCAAAUUACCUUCGAUCCUGUAAGCACAGCCUCACUCUCAGCACCGAUUCCCGCUAACUCUCUUAAAGAUGCAAAUGUCAAAGUAAAUAAUAUUAGCAUUAUUUCAUCUUCGGACAAUUCAGCCAUUCUCAGGAUUAAUAUUGAAUCUGUUUAUCAGAUUCUCUCUAUUAGUAGUACAGCUUUUAUUCUCGAUAACUCGAAUCUAAUCUAUGGAGAUUCAUUCAGUGGAAUUUAUGAAAAAGAAUUUACUCUGUCCAAUGUUAUGGCCAGAACCAUUGAUAUGUCCGUUAAAACAACCAAUCUAGAUGAAUACCAUUUCUAUUCCUUGUCCUAUUACAACUUCAACCAAGACAUAGUUCCAUUAUUACCUCCAGUUUUAAAUGUUCUCUCGCCUUCAAAUAUUACAUAUUUCCACUUCACAUCAACAAAUCUCGAUGUUACAGAUCCAAAUUUCCAAUUGCAAUUGUAUUUGAGUUUCAAUACAAAGCUCCGAUCCUCUAUGCCACCUGCUUUCGUUGGAGUAUAUGACUCUGUUUUAGCAUAUUCAACUUUGAAUGAAAGUUCAAGUCAAUAUGUUUUCAAUAUAACCUACUCCGAUCAGUCAAACCAUGGAUACUCUGACUAUUCUAUUCUUUUUGGAAACAAUAUGGUGAUUGAAAGUAGUUCUUUAAUCGAUUAUUUUGGUCCAGAAGCUUCAUUAUUUAUAUAUAAAACAAAAAGGAAAGUCAGUACAGCAAAUCUAAUUAUAUCAAACGCUAGUCCUAUUCCCUCUGGAAACAAUACAAUGAAUGAAAUUGAAACUAUAACAAUUGGAUGGAUUAUCCAAUUAGAAGAAUCAUAUAAAGGAGUUACAAAUGGAACAGUAUUUGUUGUUUCGAAUUUAGAUUUGAAUCCAAUACCGAUACCAUUCAAUUCUUCAAAUUUGAUUGGUGGAGAUAGAUGGAAAGGUGUUUACAAUGUCAACUUUACAAUCAGCGGAAUGUGUGCAACUCAAACUUAUAAAAUAUCAAACGUUGUAAUUGAUAUUAUAGCCAACUCUUUAUAUUCAUAUGAUCCUCUUUCAAUACUCUAUGGAACACCAAAAGAAGCAAAUUUAUCAAAUACUGUAUUUUGUAUAACAACAACAAUUGAUCAGAAUCCACCUACCUUAUCAAGUCUUUCCUUCACACCUACAAUCGAUGUUGGAACAUUAGAUAGGUUCAUUGAAUUCAAUUUCACAGUUUAUGAAUCACUUUCUGGUUCUGGAAUAUCGAGAUUGGUUCAACCGAUUAUCAUUUUAAAUUCUGAAGAUUUUAACUCUCUUCAAAUCCCAACAACAUUCAUCUCCAACAAUGGAAGUGGUUAUUAUUUUUACAAUUCAAAAUAUCAACUUCCAUUUGGAUUUGGUUUGAAUAAUAUUUAUGUUAAUAUCUAUGGAAUUGUCGAUAAUUUCAAAAAUUAUAUUGGAUAUACAUUUGUUGAUUUAAAAUCGAACAACUUCCAAUAUUUCAUCAAAAGAGAAUAUACAUCGAUAACUCCAAUCAUUGAAUACUCAUCUGGAUUGUCAUACUUGGGUGGAUCAUUGACAAUCAACGGAAGAUCAUUUGGAAUGAACAAUAACUCUGUGAUAGGUCAGAUAGAUUACCAAGAUGGAAAAGGAUAUCAGAAUCUCACUGUUGAUUUCCAUUCUUCUGUAUCAUUGCAAUUUAAUAAUCAAAUUAAAAAAACCAACCAAGUUUUUGUCAGAGUAAAAGUGAUCAACAACCAAAUAUCAUCAAAUGAAUACGAGAUUUAUAUCGUCCAAGCUCCACCACAACCAACAACAACACCUUCACCAACAACAACACCAAUAACACCUUCGGAAUGUCCAGGAAUACCAUCAUGUAACAACAAUGGACAAUGUAUCAAUUCAAUUUGUCAAUGUUAUCAACCUUGGUAUGGUCCAUCUUGUUCUUCAAAGAAUAUAAUUGUUCCAAUUCCACCAGCAUAUCCAGAACCAACAACAGGAACAAACAUAACAGAAUCUGGAAGUUUAAUCACAACAUCAAUUGAAAUCAUUGGAAUCAGAGAAUUGGAUGAUAUCAAUAAUAUCGUUGAACAAUUCAACAUCAGCAAUUGGAAUUUCACAGAUCAAACAACACCAACAACCAAUCCAAAAUAUUUCUAUUCAACACAAAUCAAUCAAAGAUCAACCAUCUUAAAUGUGACAAUCGAAUAUUUCAAACAAUCAACAAAUAUCACAUUUGCAAAUCAGAAUCUAUUCAUUCCACAAUCAACAAUCAAAUUCACAAUGAAUCUGAAUUCAUAUCGAUUCAAACAACCAACCAACACAUUACAAAUAUUGAUGAAAGCAGCAAUUGAAAGUGAUCAAUCAGAUGUUUGUUCAUCAUCUGGAUUUGGAUCAGUGAAUGGAUCGAUUCAAUGGAUCAAAUUGAAUGUUGGAGAUCAAAGUCUUUAUGGAAGAUUCUUAUCCGAUGCCGUUAUUGACAACACAGUUACACCAAUCAAGAAUGUUAUCAUUGAUCAAGAUGAUAUCGAUUCAGAACAAAACAAACAAUUCCGAUCAGCAAUUGUUGGAAUCACAAUUCCAUCAUACUCAGAUUCUGUCGAUUUAGAUCCUGAUUUCUCGAAUCUCAUUGAUGUUGGAUCAAGUGACACAUCCGAUUUCAUUUGUCCAAAGAAAGGAUUAUCGAAUGGUGCAAUUGCUGGUAUUGUAGUUGGUGGUGUUUCAAAAAGAGACAAUUUACAAAUCAAAACAAGAGAAUGGAGAAAAAUGAAUAGUCUAUUAAGAAGUGUGAAUAGAUCAUUCACAAAGCUAUCACUAGCUAACGAGUCACCACUUUUAUAUAGAAACUAUUCGAUUGUUAUUGAUUCAGUUGAGAUUCCAUCAGAGUUGGACGCUAAAUAUAUUAGACCACACAGAGAUCAACCAACACACGCAAGAAAGAGAAGAGUUAGAGUUGAGAAACAAGCUAGAGAACACACUAAACGUAGAUUAUAUCAGAAGCCAAUUAGCGAUUGGAGACUUGCACCACAACAUCACUUGCCUCGUUUCGAUGCAUCGAAAGUAACACCAAAAGUAAACUAUCAAGAGCGUGCCGAUCAGAUGAUCGACGAACCAUUCGGUUGGAAGAAACGUAAGGAAGAGAAGCAACAACAACGUAAACAAGAAGAAGAGGAAAUACUCUCACAACUCAGAAUCAAACGUAAAGAAAGAGAAGAAGAACUACAAAGAUUGAAAGAUGCCAAGAGUGAUGCUCUUGAAGCUAGAAAACAACAGCAACAAGCUUAA